AUGGAACCCCCGGCACCGGAGCAGGCCUCGAAGCCGCCGCCCCGCGUCGCCGCCGAUCGCAACCGCAAACUCUCCGCUCUGCUCGCCAGCAUCGACGCCGACCUGGACCUGGAGCUGACCGCCAAGGCCGCUGCGCCUGCCGCGGACGACUCCGGCGUCAACGCGUUCCGCCGCGCCAAGUUCUUCUUCCCCAAGGUCCUCGAGGAACAGCGCAAGGCCAAAGAAGCAAGGGAAGCGGCCGCCGCGAAGAAACUGAAGGCGAAGGGCAGCGAGACACAGCCGCCGACAGUCCGUUCCUCCUCGAGCCCCGACCGACCCCGCGGCACAGACCACGUGUCGAAACGGCGCAAAGUCUCGCACGAGACCGCAGACGGCAAAGCGAAGGCGCUGCACGACAGCCCAUCACCCGCGGGUUCGCCACUAGCAAACAGCCCCAGCCGACACGACAGACGGACGGGAGCACGGCAUGCACGCUCUGUAUCCCUGUCGUCUGGGAGCCCGUCGCCCCCGCCGCCCUCUCGGCUGGACAAGGGCAAGGCCAGAGCUACAGCUCACUCCGUCAACGCGGACGUUGUCUACGCAACGAACACCAACACCUCGUCGCCACCCCCGACACGACAACAGACGUCCACGGGCGGAGCCGACAAGGAUGCCUCGGUUGUGCUUAUCGAGUCGACUGACGACUCCGACUCGGAUGACGACGUCCAACCCUACCGGCCGCCCGACAGAAUGGCACCUGUCGUGUCUCGGCGAGACCGGGACGAAGGAGACGUCGUGGACGAGGUGACGGACCCGGAGUUCAGGGAGUAUAUUGAGCGGGCCCGGGACAAGGCCGCGAAGGCUCGACAGGACGCAGAACUGGACGCCGUCUUUGGGGACGAGCUGAGCCAAGGGCCCAAGGCAGGCGCCACGUUUUCGUCCAACACCACCGCCUCGACAAACGCCACCUCGGCAUCGCAAGCGACUACGGCCUCCAUGGGCCAGUCGGGCGAUACAGGAACCGCACCUGCGAUGGCAGAGACAACACCACCACCACCACCACCACAACCAGCACAACCACGAACGACGACCAUCGCCUCUUCGCAGCCCGCGUCCAGCGACCAGCAAUACCGCGUCUUCAUCACCUCCCACCUGCCCAAAGAGGUCCCGCCCCUGCUCGCCACCAUGCGCAUGGACCAGGAGAUGCGCUACGCCCGCAACGCCUACUUGCAUCAUGCCGCCAAGCACAACGUCCAUCUCUCCGACGAGGCGGCUCAGCGCACGCUGCUCACCUGGAAGGGCAGCAAAAUCUACAAUUUCACGACGGGCGCGUCCCUCGGUGUCCAGCCCGACGCCAAGGGCCGCUUUCGCGACUAUGACAGCAUGGCCAUGGUCGCGGCCGACGCAGGCGCGGGCAAGCCGGCCGCCGGCUUCCAGUCGGGCGGCCUGCACCUCGAGAUCUGGACCGAGGACCGGUAUGCCGCCUACCUGCAGGCCGAAGAACGCCGCCGCCGCCGCAACCUUGGCGAGCUCGUCGAGGGGGACAUGAGCAGUGACGGGGACGACGACGUCGAGGACGGUCGCCGUGGUGCGAGCCGGGGACCCGGUGGGGGACCCAGCGGGGGACCCGGCCAAGGCCCCGAGUCCGCCUCCGCCAACAGCACGCGCAUCCGCCUGGUCCUCGCGUCGCGCGCGCACGAGAAGCUCAAAAUCACCGCACACGGCGACACGACCAUCGAGACGCUGGCCACCGCAUUCCGGCUGCAGCGCGGCAUCGAGCCGGACAAGACGGUGGCCAUUAUGUGGGACGGUGACGAGCUGGAGGGCAGCAUGACGGUCGGCGAGGCCGAGAUGGAGGACAUGGACAGUGUGGAGGUGUAUAUUCGGUGA